AUGUUAAGUCCAGACAAAGAAUCUCACAGUCAAAAUGAGCCUACCCCAGAGCUUUAUUCUCCUCGCCCCAACUCUGUAGAAAAAGACUACAACGAGCAGCUUACAUCUCUGCGUAAUCAAUAUGACCAAAGGCUUAAAAGCAUUUCUUCCAAUAUUCAAAUGUUUUUGCAAGAGCUAUGCGGGGACGACAUUUUCAACGCUAUGAGAGAAAACCCUUUAAGCCAAGACUACGCGCUUCAGCGUAUUGAAGAAAUGUUUGAGCAUUCCAUGAACAGUGAACGAGAAGUUACCAUUCAUAGACUAACCCAAGAGCUCGCAGAAAAAGAUGGUUACAUUGUAAGACUGGAAAAUGAUAAUAAAUGAUUAACUUCUACAUGCCAAGAUUUAUGCCCUUUAUUUAUGAAUAAAAAAUAUAGGCUAGGACGCAUAAUAGAUCAAAUAAUUUUUUUUUAAAAAUAAUAUGGUAUAGAAAUUAAAAGAAAAAAAGAAAAAAUAGACACAGAAACUGCAAGCAAAAACGCAAAAGAAUUAAAUGAAGAAUUAGAAGAAACCAAGCGAAAAUUAGCUGAUACUUUAAAAAGAAAAGAAAAGGAAUGGAACGAAAAGCUAGACGAAUUGAUAAGAUCGAAAUCUCAGACAUUUCAAAGUCCAAGCGCUCAAUCAAAACAAGAAAUGGAAAAUUUAUUAAAAGAAAAGGACAGAGAAAUCCGAGAAAUAAAACAAGAAUUAGAAAAAUAUUUACAGCAGGUAAAAUUCCCUAAUAAAAACUUAGAUAUGCAAAAUCAGCUAGAAAGAAUUAAAUUUGAAAACGAAAGAUUAAAAGAAAUGAACGAAAACCUGAAGCGGGAAGUCAACGAAGCUGUGCUACAAAGCCAAUCGUAUCAGCAGAGAUAUGAACAAGAAAUUUAUAAGUUUGAUAAAUUAAAAGAAGAAUUAUUAGAAGAUUUCAAACGAAAAUUGAAAAAAUUCAAACAAAAAAUUGUGUCACAAAAAGAAAAGAUAGGGAAUUUGAGGAUAGAGGCCGAAAAAUUCAGUGAAAAAGAAAAUGAACUUAAGAGGGAAAUAGAAAAAAUGAAAAUGGAGACACAAAAUGCUAAAUAUGAUGCGCAAGAAAAAAUCAGGCAAAUAAUAGCAGAAUAUAAUAAAAAAGAAAUAGAAAUUACUGAUGAGUUGCAAGGGAAAAUAGAGGCUACUAAAAAUCAUUAUACUCAGUUAAUAGCUAAAAAAGAGCUAGAAAGCCGACAAGAGCUUGAUCUAGAAAUAUCAAAAAUCCAAGACGCCCAAAAAUCAGCCAAAAUUGCUUAUGAAUCAAAAAUAAAUAAUUAUGAAAGUAAUUUUAUUUCAAAAAAUUUGUUUUCACAGCUGCUUGAAGAAAAAGAAAAGCUACUGACAAGGGAUUUUAAAGCAAAAACCGAAAAUUUAACUUGGGAUUUUUCGAAAAAAGAAGAAGAAAAUGCUAAUUUAAUAGAGAAACUCAGGAUUGAAAAUGAAAAUUUAAGAGUUAAAGUAGAAAAUAAUAAAGAAAUGACAAAGAAAAUGGGAGAAUCGUUUAGUAAAAGACUAAAUGAUCCUUGGAAUAAUGAAACUUUAGAAAAUUACCCAAGAUCUCCUAUAAGAAAAUCUCCAGAUUUUGAAAAAAUAAAUGAACUGGAAACUCUUCUAGAAAUUUCGAAUCAAAAAGUGAGGCAAACUCAAGACAAAUACGAAGAGAUUCUCUCAAAUAUGGUAGAAAAAUCAAGUUUAAUAGAAAGCCAAGCCAUUAUUAAUAAUCUACAGUCCGCAAUUUCAAAUAAAGAAAAGACAAUUAUAAGGCUUGAAGCUGAAUUAUCGAUGAUGGAAGAUACGCUAAAAGAACUUGCUAACUCCCUUCCUAAUGAGCAGUAACAAUUGGAAAAUCAUUCAGUUUGAGAAAAAGCCUCCUCAAUUUGCGAGUAAAGUAUUUUAUUAAUAAAAAAAUAUUUAAAUUAUAUAAGUGAUAAUUACUAAUAAAUUUCUAGAAAUUUUUAUUCAAUUUUUAAACAGUUUGCAUUCUAAAACAUAAAUAUUAUAAAUUAAGUUAUAUUUUUUUUCUCCUUUUAUGCUAAAUUUUGAAAAAAAAAAUUAUAUCAUCUCCAUGGGCAUGCAAAAUUGUUUUGUUUAAUUCCGAGAUUGGGGAAUAAAGAAAAUAAAGAAAUUUUGGCCAAACAAGCACAUAUUAAAAAUGAGCUGAAUAAUAAAAGCAUAGAAAGUGUAAAAGGAGAAAUAAAAAAAUUAAAAGAAGCUUUAGCAUCAAAAAUUAAAGAAAAUUCUGAACUUAAAAAUGAGAUGAAAAGAUUAGACAAUUUUUGUUUUGAGGUCACAACUAAAAAUAGAUCUUAUUUAGAAAAUUCAAAACAUAAGGCAAAGCUAGAUAUUUUAGCUUUGAAAAGAGAAUUAAAACAGCUCCGACAAACAUUUGAGUUUGAAUUCAUGGUCUUCGUUAAAAACUUAUCAAGGACUUUUGGGGAAAUCCAUAAUAAACUUAAAGACACACAAAAUAGAUCAAAAUCAGUUUCCUUCAGAAAAAUUGCGACUGCAAUAGAUCCUAAUAAUCAAGAACUUAUGCAGUACUGCAAUGAUGAAUUAAGCUUAAUUUCAAUAAUAAAAAACAAAAUUUCACAGAAAAAUGAUAUUUCUGUAGAUUUCAACAAAAUUAGGUCAGAAUACGAAAAUCUUGUAAGAGAAAACAAAAUCCUAGCUCCCCCUUCGUUGAGUGAACGAAAAAAAAAACUUUGCUCACUGAGGGGCGUUAAUUUUUUUUUAAAAUUAUAUAUAAAAAAUCAAUAUACGAAAUAAUUUUAAAAAUUAUAUGUUUUAAAAUGAAAGCCUCUUAAAAAAUAAACAUAAUUAGCCAGAGAUUUUAUUAUAAUAAUUAUCACACAUAUAUCAAAAUUUUUAUAUUAAAAACGGAGGGAAGGUUUUUACUUACAAAAUAGGCAAUUUUCCAAUUGUUUUGUUCGCUCACGGGCAGAGGGAGUAAAGAAAAAUAUUAGUUUAAAGUCUUCAGAUAUUGAUGCUCUUCAGAAAGAAGCUACUAAGAUUACAAUGCUCAUGAAAUCAGAAUACGAAAAAAAGGUCAAAAAAAUCAAAGAAAAAUACACAAAAGAAAUAUCCUCUUUGAAAGCCCAAAUUAAAAGUCUAAACGACAAUAAAGAGGGCCUCGAAUCCCAGUUAGAAAAUAUUCCAUAUUAAAUUAAAUUAAAAAUUAUUUCUUAUUGAUAAUUUAAAAUAAAAUCAGCUUAGCCUGUUAAUCAAAAUUAUUAUAUAAAAAUAGACCAUAGCGAAGAAUUAGAAAACCUCAAAACAGACUUAGAGUUCAAAAUUGACUGUCUCCAACAAGAAAUUACUCGUCUAACCAAUACUCCAUCUCCUGAGUUUCCUCAAAAAGAGGUCAGUUUUCUCAAGAAAAAAGUCACUGACUUAGAGCGCAAUCUUCUUCGAGAGCAAUCUCAAAAAUCCCAAAUUUUGAGAAACAAAUCUGACGAAAUUCAAAAUCUCAACCAAACAAUAGAUAAGCUUACUCCCUUAGCGAACAAGCAAAAAUGCUUUUGCUUGCUACUUGGAGGUAUUAUUUUUCUAUUUUCAAAAACUAAUCGAAAGUGCAAAUGCAAUUUAAUUUAUUUUUUUUUAGCAAUACAAGCUGCUGAAAAGCAAGAGUUUUGCUAAAAAUCUUACUAAAAAUAGUUAUAUUUAAAAAUAUUUUUAAAACAUUUUUUGUUCAUUAUGAGAAGUAAUUUUCCAAAAAGAGAUUACUCAUAGAGAAAUGGGAAUUAGCAAAGUUAUUGAAGAAAAAUCAAUAGAAGACACGUUCAGCACCAGAAGAAGCUUAGAAGCUACUUUAUCUCCAAAAUAUUAA